GAGUGAGAGAGAGAGAGAGAGAGAGAGAGAGAGAGAGAGGGAGAGAAGAAGAAGAUAACACUUAACUUCCUCUUGCCUCUCUUCUUCUUCUUCUUCUUUGUUUUCUUUGAUUAUAAAUACUCGCUGCUGUUGUUGUUGUUCUUGGUUUCUCCGGCUCUUUCUACUAAACCCAAGUUGGAGAGAAAUUAAACAGGGGGAAAAUGAGUAGUGGUGGUGGAGAGAUGGAAGAGAGGCUGCUAAAUGGGUCAGAAACAGAACAGAGAAGAGAGAGUCUCUACCUGAGAAAGAAGAUUUGGAAUGAAGUAGGAAAGAUGUGGAGAAUAGCUGUACCAUCGACUUUGUUCAGAGUGAUGUCGUUUGGUUGCAUAGUCGUGGCUCAAGCCUUCAUUGGCCACUCCAGUGAAACGGGCCUUGCUGCCUAUGCUCUCAUGCAAAGCACUUUCAUUCGUUUUAUCUAUGGUGUUAUGGCCGGUAUGUCAAGUGCCACGGAGACGCUGUGUGGACAAGCAUACGGAGCACAACAAUACCACAUGAUGGGGAUAUAUCUACAACGUUCUUGGAUUAUAGACACCUUGACAGCCAGUCUCUUUGUCCCGUUCGUAGUCUUCGCGGGUCCAAUUCUUCGGUUAAUAGGCCAAAACGUUGAGAUCACUAGGACCGUAGACGAGAUCUACCCUUGGGUGAUUCCUUAUCUAUACAGCAUCGUAUUCACUAUGACUAUGCAAAUGUAUCUCCAAGCACAGAUGAAGAAUGCCAUCAUAGGCGUUCUCUCGACCGUAUCCUUGGCUGUGGACAUUGUGGCCACGUGGUGGUGCGUGAGUGUGAUGGGGAUGGGCAUCCAUGGUGCGCUUCUAGGACUUAAUAUAAGCUCGUGGUCAUUGGUGAUAUGCGAGUUUGUGUACGUGUUUGGAGGGUGGUGCCCGCAUACUUGGACCGGUUUUAGCUCUGCUGCUUUUGUUGAUCUCUUUCCAAUGCUCAAGUUAUCCAUUUCCUCUGGAUUCAUGCUUUGCUUGGAGUAUUGGUAUCUGAGCAUCAUAGUCUUAAUGUCUGGAUAUACAGCGGAUGCAAAUAUUGCAAUUUCUGCAUUUUCUAUAUGCCAAUAUAUAUACUCUUGGGAGAUGAACAUAAGCUUAGGCUUAUUGGGUGCAGCAUGUGUACGAGUAGCAAACGAAUUAGGAAGAGGAGAUGCAGACGCAGUAAGGUUCUCGAUAAAAGUGGUGCUUGUGAUAUCAGCGGUGGUUGGUGUGACAUGUUCUGCUCUUUGCCUAGCGCUUGGCGGUCAGAUUUCGUAUUUGUUCUCGAAUAGCCAACAAGUUUCAGACGCAGUCGCUGAUCUCUCCAUCGACCUUUGCAUAUCCAUACUCUUAAACAUCGUCCAGCCCAUUCUCUCUGGAGUGGCUAUUGGAGCAGGGAUGCAGAAUAUGGUGGCAAUUGUGAACUUAGCAACUUAUUAUGGAAUUGGUAUACCCUUUGGGUUCAUCCUUAUUAAUAUUUGCCAUUUUGGUGUUAAGGUACGUAACUCUUACAGUAGUAUCCUUAAGUUUAUUAUCAUAAUAAUAAAACUAAUGAUAUUCCUACUUAACCGAUAUUGUAUGAGUUUAAUUACAGGGACUGUGGUCAGGAAUGUUGGCUGGAGUUGGUAUGCAAACGUUGAUAUUGUCUUAUGUUAUUUACAAAACUGAUUGGGAAUUGGAGGUAAUUUACUUUGGUUUUUUACUCUUUAAUUAAUUCGAAUUUUGAACACAAACUCUGUAUAUUAAAAAUUGAAUUUGAUCUAAUUACAGGUAAAGAAGACUAAGGAGCGUAUGAACACCUGGACUCUAAAGUUGCCUUCAGUAGAUGAAGAGAGGAAGUGAUUACACAUACAUGUUUUAUCUAUAUUGAAAUCAUUAAAGAAGUUUUUACAAUAUUCUUUGUUUUUGCAUUCGCUUAAGAAAACGAAGUACCUUUCUUGAGAUUGCAUUAUUAGGUUAGUGCAACUCUCAUAACUUUGAAAAGAAGGUUAAUAAGGUUUAUCUUCCUUUUUUUACUCGGUUUCUCAAAAAUGGUUGUUAUUCAGAUUUUAGCUAUCUUUUUAUUUGUCUGCUUUUAAUACACUUUGAGUCUUGAUUGAAAAUGCAUUUUGGUUGUGGAAAAAAAAUUGAAUUGUUUGAGUACUUCUAUAUUUCAAAAUUUUACAAAAAACAAUACCAUUAAGUUGAUAAGAAACUCGUAUAUUAAUGUAAAAUUUGCACAUUUUGC